ACUUGCCAUCACGAAGUCCCUGUGCAGCUACACACCAUACCAAGCAAUGGUACUUGCGGACUUCUUGAUCGCGACGGCCACCAUACUAGGCUUCAUCUCACUCGUCAAGAACCUGCUCGCCUUCGGCCGAUGGUUGCACGCCGCGUUCCUGAGGAAGCCGAAGGACUUGCGCGACUACGGCUCAUGGGCCGUCGUCACCGGUGCCACCGACGGCAUCGGGAAAGCCCUGGUCUUCAAGCUCGCCUCCAAGGGCCUCAACCUCGUACUCGUUGGUCGGAACCCCGGCAAACUCGAAGCCACCUCGAGUGAGCUGAGGGAGAGAUACGGCACAACCAUCGAGGUCAAGACCGUGAUCGCCGACUUUGCGAAGCUGAGCGGAGAUGAGAUAGCGGGGACGAUGACGGGAGCGACGGAAGGGCUCGACGUCGGGUUGCUCGUUAACAACGCGGGGAUGGCUUAUCCGUACGCGAGGUACUUUCACGAGGUGGAUCGAGAGUUGAUGGAGAGCAUGCUGAGAGUGAACUUGAACGCAGCGGUGUGGGUGACGAAGGGAGUGAUCGAUGGAAUGUUGAAGAAGAAGAGAGGAGCGAUCUUGAAUAUAGGAUCUGGUUCGAGUGUGUAUGUUUCUUCGUAUCCACUUCAGACCUUGUAUGCAUCAACCAAAGCUUUUAUGGCAACGUUCUCGAGGAGCAUCGCUCUUGAGUACAAGGAGCGUGGGGUUGAUAUUCAAUGUCAGGUUCCCCUAUUCAUUGCUACAAAGAUGACCAUGUUGAGGAGGCGCCCGAUGCUCGUACCGUCUUCCGAGAUGUUCAGCGGAGCAAGCGUGCAGAUGGAUUGGUUACGAGCGCCAUUUUUCUCUCGAUUGUUCACCUCUGGAAAGGUCGCAACAAACGUAAGGGUGGCUUAUCCCUACCCAAAAUACUUGCACAAGGUGUAUCGAGAGUUGAUGGGGAGCAUGUUGAGAGUGAACGUGAAUGCAGGGUUGUGGUUGAUGAAGGGAGUGAUCGAUGGAAUGUUGAAGAAGAAGAGAGGAGCAAUCAUGGAUAUUGGGUCCGAUUCCACCGUGUAUAUCUCUUCGUAUCCUCUCCGGACCCUGUAUGCAUCGACCAAACCCUAUAUCAAGAUUGAUAUACAAAUUUGGUCUGCUGAACAGUGUGAUAGACUAUAA